AUGAGGCUCCCAGCGGCGUUCCUGAGUCUGCUGGCCCUGGUGCAGCAGGAGGCGGGGACAGCUUCUCUCCCAAAGGAAAGGAAGAGGCGAGAGGAGCAGCCCCGCGGGGAAGGCGAUUCUUAUGCAGCUCUGCCUCUGGGCAUCUACGCCCUGAGUCUGGACAACUAUGGAGAGGUCAGUGACCUGAGCAGCUUUGGGAAGCUCACAGUCUCCGAUGGGGACCAGCUCCCUGAGGUUAAGGUGACCAGCCUGGCUCCUCCAACCAGGAUCAGUCCCACCCAGAGCACUACAACUCCAAGGACACCUUCAUCAAACCCCCGGCCUACUACGCUGGGCCUGCAGGGUUCCCCGACGAGCCACAACCUGCCCACCUGCCUGAUCUGCGCGUGCCUUGGCUCCUCUGUGUACUGCGAUGACACUGACCUAGAAAGCAUUCCUCCUCUUCCCCGGACGACCACCUACCUGUACGCCCGCUUCAACCACAUCAGCCGUGUCAGAGCCGGAGACUUCAAAGGGCUGACAAAACUGAAGAGGAUCGACCUCUCUGGCAACUACAUUUCCUCCAUCGAUAACGAUGCCCUCCGCUCGCUGCCUGCCCUGCAGGAUCUGAUCCUCGCAGAGAACCAGCUGGUCACUCUGCCGGUGCUGCCCAGUGGCCUCGAGGUCCUGGACAUUCGCCUGAAUCGGCUCCGGAGCUCAGGGAUACAGCCUGAAGCCUUCGGGGCGCUGGAGAAGCUGCAGUUUCUCUACCUGGCAAACAACCUGCUGGAUACCGUCCCCACGCCCUUGCCCCUGAGCCUGCGCUCACUACACCUGCAGAAUAACAUGAUAGAGGCCAUGCAGAAAGAUGCCUUCUGUGAUGCCGAGGAGCACAAACACACCCGCAGGCAGCUGGAGGAUGUCCGCCUGGAUGGCAACCCCAUCAACCUCAGCCUCUUCCCCAGUGCCUACUUCUGCCUGCCUCGGCUCCCCAUAGGGCGCUUCACCUAG